AUGGCAUGGGACGAAACACCAAUAAAAUGGACGCCAAUACCAGUGGGUUUGGGCAUUACAUAUCUUGGAUUCAAGCACUACUCUACGGUUAUGAGCCGUGAGAAGCAGAUAGCUGAAGAAGAAGACCCUAAUGACCCUCAGAAGAAGAGAAGGAUACGACCAACAGGGCCUUGGCAAGUCCAAAUUCUCUCCACUCUCCCUCUCAAGGCAUUAUCCCGUCUUUGGGGCAAAUUCAACGAAAUACCUCUCCCAGUCAUAUUCCGUCCAUUUGGCUUCAAACUCUACGCCUUCAUAUUCGGUGUUAACAUCUCCGAAGCCAAGAACCAAGACCUAAAAUCCUACAAAAACCUUGCCGAGUUUUUUUACAGGGAGAUCGAUCCCGCCGUUCGACCAAUCGACAAAUCAUCCGCAGUGGUGUCGCCUUCGGAUGGAAAAGUAUUGAUGGUCGGUGAGGUCAGAGAAGGUGGAAAAGUCGAAAAUGUUAAAGGAAUGACUUAUAGUCUCGAUGCAUUGCUUAGUGGGCAUGGAGAAACUAAAACAUCAAGCCAUCCUUCCUCGCCAGCCAUAAUAUUUGGGGAAAAUGAAAACGGAACCACCGAGGCGACAACACCAGGCGGGCAGAUUGUGGAUAGCCAUGAAGAAUUUGCAAGAAUGAAUGGAAUAUCCUACACUGUCGGUGAAUUGUUCUCUGGAACUGAAGACCACAUAGACGCAAAGGCAGAAGAUCAAUCACUACCACCUGGGGAGAAGGGGGAUGUUGCAGCUGUCGUGGGUACAAAAAGCACGAGUUGGUUUAGGAACCAACUUGAAGGGCCCAAGCGGCUUUACUUCGCGGUUAUCUAUCUUGCGCCUGGCGAUUACCAUAGAUUUCACUCGCCAACAGAAUGGGUUGUUGAGACUAGGAGACACUUCGCAGGCGAACUCUUCUCUGUUUCCCCUUAUCUGCAAGCACUCCUCCCAUCCCUCUUCAUUCUCAACGAGCGUGUCGUCCUCCUUGGCCGUUGGAAGCACGGGUUUUUCUCAAUGACGCCAGUCGGUGCCACCAACGUUGGUAGUAUAGUGUUAAAUUUCGAUAGAGAACUACGUACGAACAGUUUGACCAAGGAUACAAAGGCAGAUACCCUUGAAGGCCACGGGUAUGCAGAGGCACAUUACCAAUUAGCAUCCCAAUUGCUUUCAGGUCAUCCGUUAAGAAGGGGUGAAGAGAUGGGAGGCUUCAGACUCGGAAGUACGAUAGUACUGGUAUUUGAGGCCCCCGAAAGGAAGGACGGUAAAGGAUUCAAAUGGACAGUGGAGCAGGGGAAGACGGUAAAGAUGGGAGAGGCGCUUGGACUCGUAGAAUAA